AUGGUGUUGGCAGGAGAUAUGUAUCUCAUUCUGUCGCCCGACCCAUGUGAAACCGGGGAGAGUAAGAGAAGAGGGUACCAAAGCGAGAGUGAUACUGAAGUUGUCGAUCCGGAACCAACCAUCUCGGUUAAAAUGGCACUCGACGUACUUUGGCAUGAUAAAAAACACGCGACAGACAUGAAAAAGAUCCUCCUCGCCAUGAUCUCCUUCUGCAUCUUCGUCGCCGCGAUAUUCCUCCACAUCCCAACUACCAACAUGUAUCACCAGUACUACGGGGUCUCGUCAACACUCGCGACUACAGGAGACGAUACUGUCACUUCUGGUUCACCGGUCAAGUUCUACAAUAUCGAGACGAUCCCAGACAUUUUCGAAUGGUUAAACGAUACGUUCAUUCCUCAAGUCUUCGUCACAACUGAUCACAAUGGAGCUACACUACCAGAAGAUCAAAAAGGCCGGAUUGCAACGUUCAAUAAGGUGCUCGGAGCUGUUCAAUUCGAGGUGACGUAUAUGACACCAGAAGAAUGUGAUACUCCGGAUUUUCUCUUAAAUAUGUACACCGGUUGCUUCGGUUCAUCAACUACAACAAGUGGCGAAUUUCUCAUUAGCUUUGACACUAAUGCCUCCGACGCUACUACCCUGCUAACCGAGAAGAAGGACAGUGGAUUCUGGCUCAACUCUUCAACUGAGCAAUUACUUAUCACCGUCAUCACGCUAAACGGGCAGCUUCCUGGCUAUGCGGUGACCAAGCUUCAGCUUGAUUUCAAUGAUGGUGGAUAUGUCGAACCCAGUGCUUCAACGACAUCAACACUGCUAGAUCAGUACCCGUCGGCAACACCGAUCGUGGUGGAUAUUCUAGUGGUAUUGUGGUUUUCGCCGUGGAUCCUCGUUCCUGCCAUCAUUUCGUAUGGAAGAACGUACGAGAAGAAACAUCGAUUGGGUACCCUGCGGCAAUGGCUAAAGCUCAUAAAACACACCGGUAAGGCGAUCGGGGUGUGGGCAUUUCCUGACGGAUGGUUCGCUAUCGAUUUCUUCCGGAGUCCAAUAGUAUAUCUGUUCUACAUUACAGUAUUGAUCACCCAGGCAGUCACGACGAACUCUGACUUCAAACGUAAACUACUUUCACUUGGAGAAGGAGGACAAACUGGCGAUGAAGCCAGUGACAAUCUCGCGUCGGUGAGCAGAUCGUUCCGAGCAAUUGCCAACCUCACGGUUUUACUAAGGCUUUUUGCCACUGCAGCGGUGUUAGUGCUUGGACUUCGAAUCCUCAACACGUUCCGUGAUCAUGUUGGCCUGAGCAUUCUCACACGGACGAUGGCAAGUGCUGUUCGUUCGUUUUGGACCUUUUCAGUGAUUUUUGCUGUCGUUUUUGUGGCCUUUGCUGUUGCUGGAACGGUGCUCUUCGGCGACCGCGUUGUAGAUUUUUCGUCGUUUCUAAGAUCCAUGAAGUCAUGUGUGAACAUGAUCUACGGGGACUUUGACUUCGACAGUAUUAAGGAUAUCGACUACUCGGUUGUCUACUAUUGGGCGUAUAUGGCUAUGGAGACCUUUGUGCUUUUGAACAUCAUACUUGCUUUUGUAGUGGACGCGUAUCAAGAGGAGAAAAAGAAGAAAGACAAGCACACGUGCUGGGUCUUUAAACGUGUGGCUGCUAACGUGUUCCGUCAGUGGCUAGCUCGAGCGAAUGACCUCUUGUGGAUCCCGUGCUGCCGUCGAGAUAAACGUCGUCACUACGUUGUCUUUUGGGGGAGAAUCCGACCGAUUGUGCUGCACGAUACGCUGAGAGCCAAGCUCGAUGAAGCCAGAACCAGUGAUUCCUCGUUCGAAUGGUCUCCACAAACCCUUCUCAAGCCAGCAACGCUUAAAAAAAUGUUCCCCGAGGCCAGAAUCCAGGAGUGCGAGGCGACCAUCGCGCAUCUCACCGUCGAGCAGAAACACCAAUCUUCGCAUGAUUUACUGGAUGGAGUUGGAGACGAUCCAAUUGUUUCGAGAAAGAAGGUUGAUGAUUUAAUUGUUCGUAUGGACACACUGGAGCAGAAGUUGGAUUUGUUAAUUGAAAAGUUAAGCAUGCAAAGUUCGUGA